AUGGACGUUGAAAAGCUGCCACAGGAGAUGGAGGAAGUGGAGACUGCGCAACCCGUCAACAGGCGGUCGCUGAAUGACGAACAAUUGCUCGCCGCCCUCGGCCACAAGCAGGAGUUGCAGCGGGACUUUUCAGUAUGGUCGCUGGGUUGCUUGUGUCUCUGUCUCAUGGCGACAUGGGAAGCACUGUCGUCCGUUGUUGCUGCUGCCUUGAUCAGUGGUGGCGCACCGUGUCUCUUCUACAACUACAUCAUAUCUUUCGUGGGAACCGUGGCAAUUGCUCUCUCACUUGCGGAAAUCUCGAGCAUAUGGCCCACGGCGGGAGGUCAAUACCAUUGGGUCGCUGUCCUCGCGCCACCAAAUUCCAGGGUUGUUGCGUCCUGGUUCACCGGAUGGAUCUCUGUUGGGGGUCAAAUCGUCCUGACAGCUUCCGCAGCCUUUGCUGCCGGCCUCCAGUUUCAAGCCUUGAUUACACUGAAUCACCCCAAUACAUAUAUUCCCGAAAGAUGGCAGGGCAUGCUCUUUUACUGGCUUGUUCUACUCUAUGCUGCCGCCGUAAAUAUCUUCGGCUCGAAGGUCUUGCCGCACACUAAUCUUGUUUCUGGGAUCCUGCAUAUCGUUGGGUUUCUCGUCAUCUUCAUUGUCCUUGGGGUCAUGGCACCCAAGCACUCUGCCGACUACGUGUUUGUCCGAGUGUCGAAUUCUAGUGGCUGGGGCAGUGAUGGUAUUGCAUGGCUCGUCGGGCUCCUCAGUUCGGUUUAUCCAUUCCUCGGGUAUGAUGCCGCUGCACAUCUUUCAGAAGAGAUGCCCAGGCCGAGUCGCAAUGUGCCAAUCGCCAUGAUCGGUUCGGUCGUUGCCAACGGCAUUAUCGGUUUCGCUUACUGCCUGAUGCUCUUGUUCUCCCUUGGUGAUCUACCAAGUCUUCUCGAAUCACCCACUGGCUUUCCCUUCAUGCAGCUAUACCUCAAUGUCACCAAGUCCCCUGCCGGAGCCACCGUUCUGUCGCUGAUAAUAUGCUUGAUCGCCACUGCUGCAAACGCGGCAGGGCUGACAUCAACAAGCCGCACAUUCUGGGCCUUUGCACGAGACGAGGCGACCCCUUUUGCAAAGUACUUCGCUCAUGUCGACGGUGCGCUCAAAGUCCCGGUGCGAAUGAUCGUUCUCGUCUCGGUCCUCCAAGCUUUGCUAGGAUUUAUAUAUCUGGGAAACACGACAGCUUUUAAUGCAGUCCUUUCUAUGGCGAUUAUCGGCAUGUAUCUGUCUUAUCUGCUGCCAAUUGUUUACAUGGUCAUCUACGGACGGUCGAAGCUCUCCAGAGAUGACUAUGGGCCUUUCAAGCUCGGCAAGGCGGCAGGUGUUCUCGUCAAUAUAGUCGCGAUCGUAUGGCUCAUUUUUGCCAUGAUCUUCAGCACAUUUCCAAACUUUCAGCCGGUGACCGCCCAGAACAUGAAUUAUUCGACAGUGGUGCUUGCUGGUUGGGUCGGAGGAGGCGCUGUCUAUUACUUUUUGAAAGCAAGGAAUGUGUACACUGGGCCUGUGAUUGAGAUGGAGGCAUCGAGCUUGACCGUGAUGGGAUCAAAAUGA